GGCGGCACCGCAGCGAGCGGAGGCAGAAGGCCCCCGGAGCGAGACGCCUGGGCCAUGGGGCGCCCGAACCGACCUAACGAUUCCUACUUGCCCGCCCCGCCCAACGCCCGCGGCCGCGGGACCGACGUGGCCUCUCUCGCGCUCCGUAAUCGGAGGCUCUGCCCCUAACAAAGAUGGCGGCCUGCUCCGUCCUGCGCCGCCCGUCGGCGGUGUCGGGCACCCGACCGUCUUUCACUUUCGGGUCACUGUUGAUAGGCGAUGGCGCCGGUUCCGAAGACAGUGGGGCGGAUAAAGCUAGACUGUCCUCUGCUGCCUGGCUGCCCGCUGGGGGCCGCUGCUGUCCCCAAACUCUGCAAGGAAUUCCGCCCUGAGGACUAUGGCGCCGAGGACACAGUGGAUUUUCUUCGACGGCUUGUGGAGAGUGAUCCCCAGCGCCUGCACCAGAUCCAUGUGGAUAGGAGCAGCGGGCGGCUACAGCUGUGGCACCAUGAUUACCUCCUAGACCAUUUCUGUGAUGAGGGGAAAAUGCCUGGACAGAGUGAAAGGACCAAGGGGGCCAAGGGACUGGGGACCUACUGUAGUCUCCAGAAGUCCUUUCUGUAUCCUCCCCAAGGGCCUGAGCCCUGUGCUCCUAGCCCCUCUUCCUCUGCCAGUUCAGACAGCCUCCUGCAGGUGGCCAUGCCCCAGAAGCUCCUGCUGACUGAAGAGGAAGCGAACCAUCUGGCUGAGGAGCUGGUGGCUGAAGAGGAGCGCAUGAAACAGAAAGCAGAGAAGAAACGACUCAAAAAGAAGCGUCAAAAGGAUCGCAAGCGACAGGAGCGCUUGGAGCAGGAGGGCGGGGAGCCCAAGGUUGAGGCCACCCCAAAUGGGGAUGGGAGCCCUCCAUCCAGCCCCAGGAACCUUGCUCAGGGACAGUGUGAUGAGGAAGAGGACUCACUGGAUCUGUCUAGCACUUUCGUGUCUCUGGCUUUGCGCAAGGUUGGGCGCAAGGAGGAUUGGCCUCCUGGUGCCCGCAGAGAGAAGGGACUGAACCCGGAGCCUCGAGGCAAAACCCGGGGCCCCCAUCAGAAGAUGCGCCAGGAGGAAGGGAGCUCUCGGAUAGAAGAGAGCCCCAGGCAGAGUCCUAAGGCAGAGGCAUGUCCAGGACUGCUGGCAGCUGCCUUACAGCAGAGCCAGGAGCUGGCAAAGUUGGGGACCAGCUUUGCCCAAAAUGGUUUCUACCACAAGGCUGUGGUUCUCUUCACCCAGGCUCUGAAGCUCAACCCCCGGGAUCAUCGGUUGUUUGGAAACCGUUCUUUCUGCCAUGAGCGGCUGGGUCAGCCAACAUGGGCCCUGGCCGAUGCCCAGGUGGCCCUUACCCUGCGACCUGGCUGGCCCCGGGGCCUCUUCCGCCUGGGCAAGGCCUUGAUGGGACUGCAGCGUUUUGAGGAGGCAGCUGCUGUGUUCCAGGAGACUCUGAGAGGCGGCUGCCAGCCUGACGCAGCCCGGGAGCUCCACUCUUGCCUUCUGCACCUCGCUCUGCAGGAUCCGCAAAGAGGAGGAAUCCGGGAACCACCUGGCUUCCCGCAACCAUUCUGCCAUGCUGGGCCCAGUGUCUCAAGCCUCCUCCCUGUCAGCCGCCCUCCAAGUGCUGCUCCAAGAGCCUCUGUCCUCCUGUCUGCACCCUGGCCUCGUCUCCCUUGUCACCUGAGCCACUCCAACUCGCCCAUCCCCCAGACUCUCCAUCUCCAGGGCCCCUCAAAGGGCUCUGGUAUCAGGACCGUGGCCCCAGCAUCUACCUCAGGCCAGAUGAUGGAGGAUCAGUACCUCAUAGGACAGGGCUAUGUGUGUAUCCCAUAGCUCCCUGCAUAUCUUGAGACCUUGUAGUCUAAAACCAUAAUUAAAGACUCCCCCGGUGGUCACUCCUCUUGCCACGGAGACCUGAUGAAAGAAAGGAGCCCCAUGUCCACUGAAACAACCUUUCUUUGAUUCUGAAGCAGAUGGCUUCCUCUGGGGGCAGUAAGGAGAAAGAAAAUCCACCAAGGCUCAGGAGGGAACUGCACGAAAGUUCAGGUCUUCAGACUCCAACAGACCCAGCAGGAAGCAUACGGGUUUGCUCUGGGUUUGCUCUGCGUCUUGGCCCUGAGGGAUUCAUUCACCAGCCAGAACUCUGUGCUCAGGAAUGGGGUUAGGGGAUGAGUGACACCUGAGUCCCUCCACCCCCUUCACUUUCCUGAACCCAGCUCUCACCUGGUUUCUUAUAGCCCGAGCCCUGCAUGCCUCAUUUCCUGUCAUUUGGUGCAUAUUCUGACCUCUCCUUUGUCCAGUAGCCUCACUUCCUCCAACUAUUAGAAGAUUCACUGGGGUUUGCAUUUGGGAAGUCCCUUACCAGCUCCUGCCUGGAAUAGGCAGGGUUCACAAAUCUCCACCUCCCCACUGCUGGCUCUUCUGCUGAUGGGACCUCAGCAGGCACCCAGGCUGCUGCUACUGUGGCCAUGCUCUUUCUUCACUCCAGCACUGGGCAUUGUUUUUGCUUUGUUUUUUAAAUAUUUUACUUAUUUAUCCACAAGAGACACAGAGAAAGAGAGGCAGAGACACAGGCAGAGGGAGAAGCAGGCUCCAUGCAGGGAGCCCGACGUGGGACUUGAUCCUGGGUCUCCAGGGUCACACCCUGGGCCAAAGGCAGGUGCUAAACCGCUGAGCCACCUGGGCCACCCCCAGCACUGGGCAUUGUAAUGAGCAUUUCCACCAAGGGUCACUGCCCCCCCAAAGAAGGCUGUCAUUCCCUACUGCCUGUGUAAUAAUCACGGUCUUUUGGGUUCUCUAAGAUCCUGGCAGCUUCCUCUCUACCCCUGCCUGGGACUCUCCCAGCUCAUUGAGAUGUGGAUCUGCAGGGGACUUUUAGGUCUCCCAGAAUGCUUCGCCUAGAGGAACCGUUCAUCAGGAUAAAAUGAUCCUUUCUGCCUUAAGGUCUUGACCACACCAUUCACACCUGUAUAGGAGGUGUUGAAACACCUCCUUUACAUAGGGCUUUCCCAAAUUCCUUUUGUUUAUGGAGCAGGCUCCUUAGAUACUGUGUAGCAGACUGAAAUCUGCCAUUGCUGGUUGGGUCAUCUUGAGCAGGUCUCCUAACAUCUGUGCCUCAGGUCCCUCCACUGUAAAAUGGGGCAGUUCUACUUCUCAGGGCUGUUGUGAUUACUGAAAGAGUGUGAGGAAAUACCUACCAAGUGCCUUGUACAUUAUGGAUGCUAAAUAAACUGGAUUUUGUCUGCAAGGGUC